AUGGUUGAAAUGAUAUGAGAAGCUAAUAUAAAUAUGAAAAAAUGAAAUAAGUACUGCCGUAGUGAUGAAUUGCAUUGUUAGAUAUGUUUAAAAACGCUGAGAUAUAUUGGGAUUUCGUGUAGCUCGCACGUGUUGCUUUGUUUACAUCGACAACGUAUUGUAGGAAUGGACAAAAUGAUGUCUUGAUUUUAAUUGGUGGAAUAAAUUGCUUUCUGUAAUUUGAUUGGUCAAACGAUCCAACAUGUCUGCCAAUGUUCUGGCAUGUUCCUGCGAAGUCGGCGUCUUUUGUGAAUAACUGUCAUUCUGGUAUAUUGUCUGUGUGUUUACCCUGUAUGGUACAGCUUAUUUAAUCUUGAUAUAUGAGAAAUACCAAAACUAUUUCAAUAUGCCGCUUGCUAUCCGGGACUACACUUGGGACGAAACAGAAAACGCUGUGUUUGUUACCGUUCCGCUGAAAGGCGUGAAGUCUCACAAUGUGAACAUUUUCUCCACUGAAGAGUAUAUAAAGGUGAGUUGUCCCCCCUAUCUGUUUGAAUGCCUUCUGAAUGCUGAGGUGGAGGACAAAAAAAGUGUAGCGCAAGUUGGAAACGGAGCUGUUGUCUUCAAGUUAUUUAAGAAGGAACCAGGCAUUUGGAAUAAACUGUUUUCAGAUGAUUUCACUAACAAGGAAGUGAUGAAGGUGAAAAGGGAGGAAGCAAUAGCCAAAAGUCAUGCUAGAGCAGAGCAAGAAAAGUCGGAGAAAGCAGAGAGGAAGCGUGCAGACGGAAAACUAGCUCUCAAUGAGAUGAUGAGGUUAGAGGAACAAGAAAGGUCUAGAAUUGAACAAAUAAAAAAAGAUGAGAUCAAGAAAGCUACAGAUGACUUGGAGAGAUGGAAAGAUGAACAGAAACAAUUGGCAGAACAGGAGAAACAAAGAAUAAUGGAGGAACAGAAAGCUGUGGAAGAUGCUCUGCGAGAAGAGAGGAAGAAAAUUGAAAAGAAAAAUAGAAGAAAAAAGAAUGCCAACAUAUUUGAGGAGUCAGCAGGAGGGAUUCCAAAGAGAGAGGUGGGGAAGAUUGAAGUGUCCUUCACAGCCCGAGUGUUCCCAACACCUGUACGAGAAUCCCAGACACCUCAGGAGGAGGAGUGGCUGAAUAAACAAGCAGAGACAAGGAAGAUCAUGGAGUUGGAAGAUAAAGAUUUGACAGAGGAGGAGAGGAAUCCCAUGUUUCUACGUGACAAGGGAAAUGGGUUUUUCCAGGCAGGAAACUAUCAGAGUGCCAUCAAUGCCUACACACAUGCUCUUCGUCUGAACCCCAAAAUACCAGGUUUGUACUCCAAUCGGGCGGCCUGUCAUCUGAAAAUGAGGAACUUCUUCAAAUGUAUAGAGGAUUGCAGCAAGGCCAUGGACCUGCUGCAGCCACCUGUACCACAGAAUGCAGCCAGUCGCGUGAAGGCCCUUAUAAGGAAGGGCACUGCCUUCUGUGAACUUGAGAUGUAUGUAGAAGGGCUAGAAGAUUAUGAGGCAGCUCUGAAGAUUGAUCCUAACAAUGAACAAUUGAAGGCAGACGCUGAAAGAAUACGACAAGUUAUCCAGAGUAGUUCUGGGAGCUGAUGAUUUGUAGGAAUAGGAAUCUAAAUAAGUGGACAAAGUUUGAUGAUGUUCAGCAGUUUGAAGUCCAGUGGAUAUAGCUAAGAGAUUUAUGGUUCGUCCAUCUAUCACAAGUGGCAGUGAUGGGAUAUUGUCCAUGUUCAGAAGGCUACAGCUCUGGACUAAGUAAAGAGACAGAAUGCUUUCAUGAAAACCGUGACUUAAACCAAAUAGCUACACAGAAAAAUGAAAGUUACAUUGGAAAAGUGAAUUGUUGAGAGUAAAAUUUGAAUUGAUAAGAUAUUGUCUUUGUUGAGAAGGCUACAGCUCUGGACUGAGAGCCAGCAGACUUGCAUGGAAAUCGUGACCAAACCUAAAUAGUUACACAGAAAAAUGAAAGUUACAUUGGAAAGAAAAGUGUUAAGAGUGAAAUUUGAAUUGAUGAGAAUGAAAAUAAAUGUUGAGGACGAGCGUUACCAUGGGUACCAACAAAAUAAUACACUCGUGUGUCUGUCGUGUGAGUAUUACACUGCAUUGAUAUUAGUGAAAACUUGAAAAGAAAAAAUUCACAAAACAAUGGAGUAGACUAUGGAGGGCUAUGAACACACAGAGUACUUAUAUUUUCAAGUGCCGACUUUUACUUGAGAAUUUGGCUUUGCGUUCAAAUAACGUAAUUUCAGUUGGGAAUGGUGCCAAUUAUCUGCCUCAAACAAGUCAUGAGAACAGGACAAAUAUCAAUUCUAAUUCAAAUUUAAAUAAAAGAUGAGGGCGAAAUAUUAACAAACAGCAUAUUAACACAGACACCUUUAGAAACGUGCAAGGAUAAGACCAGUGGCUUCACAGGGGUGGGCGUCUUUAUUGAUGACACUCGCUACAUCAAAAUACGUCAAAUACAGGUUUUGUUAAGUCCUCAAAAUGGGAACAAAGGUAAUCACAAGGGAGCGAUGAUGACUAAAGAGAUGAUUAUUUACUGGUGCAGGGGCGGGGAUACAUUUAUGUUAUCAUUCCAAAAUUUAUCACUUUUAUCUAUUGUGUUAACUUUUUAUCUCUAGCUUGCAUGCCUUCAUUGUUAUUUCAAUGAAUAUGUGAAAUAUUUUCAUCUUUUAUACUUAAUUUGACUUGCUGGCUUUAGAAUCUAAACCUACCUCGUAGAAGGUGUAAAAAAUGUAAACUCUCUCGAUUUUACAAUUCUUGUUGGCGUGGAUGGAAGCGUGUGAGUGAUUUUACUGUGGGGGGAAACUGGAGUACCUGGGGGAAACCCACGUGGUCGGGCAGGUGAUCCCAUACAUUUUCACACUGGCCCCGGCCGCCUAUAGAUGGAAAGCAAAUGUGUUACCACUGUGCCACCCGACCAGUUAGAAAGUGUAGGGUGCAGAUGAUUAAGAGUGUGUGAAAAAGAACAAUGUGCAUUAUAGAUUAUAUUUGGUAUUGUUAAUUAUUUAUUUUGUGUUCACAUACAUUUACACCUUGGCAGUAUAAGCUGUGUAACGUUUGUCAAACAUUACCUUGGCAGUAUAAGUUGUGUAACGUUUGUCAAACAUUACCUUGGCAGUAUAAGCUGUGUAUCGUUUGUCAAACAUUACCUUGGCAGUAUAAGUUGUGUAACGUUUGUCAAACAUUACCUUGGCAGUAUAAGUUGUGUAACGUUUGUCAAACAUUACCUUGGCAGUAUAAGUUGUGUAACGUUUGUCAAACAUUACCUUAGCAGUAUAAGCUGUGUAACGUAUGUCAAACAUUACCUUGGCAGUAUAAGUUGUGUAACGUUUGUCAAACAUUACCUUGGCAGUAUAAGCUGUGUAUCGUUUGUCAAACAUUACCUUGGCAGUAUAAGUUGUGUAACGUUUGUCAAACAUUACCUUGGCAGUAUAAGCUGUGUAGCGUUUGUCAAGACGCGGAUAUUCCGUCCAUGAUCUGCAUGUAUUAUGUAUUUGCAAUUUUAUAUUUAAUCUCAUUCCAUUAAAGAUUUAUUAAGAAAUUAUUAAAGUAUGUCAGUCUUA